AUGGAGCCCCUUCAAUUUGCCUACCAGCCCCAGAUAGGAAUGGAAGACACCAUCAUCCUGCUGCACAGAGCCUACACCCACCUGGAGAAUAUAGGCAGUGCUGUGAGCGUCUUGUUCUUCUACCUGUCCAGUGCUUUUAAUACCAUUCGACCUGCCCUGAUCAACAGGAAGCUAGUGGACAUGCAGGUGGAUGCUCCACUCGCAGACUGGAUCCACAAAUACUUCACAGGCCUGCGGCACUAUGUGAGACUGAGGAAUAUCACAGCGGUAACCACUGUGAGCAGCACAGGAGUGCCACAGGGGAUGGUCCUGUCUCCCUCCCUGUUUACCUUUUACACCUCAGACUUCAGGUUCUCUUCACAGUCCUGCCACCUGCAGAGGUUCUCAGAUGACUCUGCCAUCGUGGGCUGUAUCAGCGGGGGCCUGGGGGAGGAGUACAGGGGUGUAGUGGACAGGAUGAAGAAUGUGAAGAUUUUACAUUUGAUCCUGCUUUUUGUGUUUGUACACUCCUGCUUUGCACAAGCAGACUUUGCCCCCUAUUUCUAUGACAAUGGACCCUACAGCAACAAUGGAAACCUGGCCCUGUUCAGCCUCUCAGAAGACACCCCUGUUGGUACACAGAUAUAUUGCUUAAAUGGAACAGACCCUGAAGGGCAGGAGGUGAGAUACGGUUUGUCCUUUGAUCCAACAUCAAAAGAGUACUUCAGGGUAGACCCAAAAUCCGGAAAUAUCACAUUGGUGGAACAGCUAGACAGAGAGAAACAAGAUUCUAUUGAUGUUAAUAUCAGCAUUACAGAUGGAAGAAGCAAGGUUGUGGAAAGAGUCACCAUAUUUGUGAUGGAUGCAAAUGAUGAAAAGCCUGAAUUCCAAAACAUGCCUGCAAUCAUUGACAUUGUGGAAACCACUGAAUCUGGAAGUAGCAUCUACAAAGUUGAAGCUGUGGACAGAGACACAGGUUCAGGAGGCUCAGUCACCUAUUAUCUGCAGACACCUCAGCCCACUUUGUUUGCCAUUGACAGGCAUAGUGGUGUCUUUCGAAUCAAAUCUGGAGAAAUGUUGGAUUACGAGAAAACAAAGACACACUUUGUCACUGUCAUUGCAAAGGAUGGCGGUGGCAACUUCAAUGGCAAGGAACAGUUUCUGUCAUCUUCUUCUACCCUGACAAUCAAUGUGAUUGAUGCACAAGACACUCCGCCAUCUUUCAUUGGGACGCCCUAUUUUGGCUACGUUUAUGAAGUAUCAAUUGCGGGGUCUGAAAUAUUUACCGUUAAAGCUGCAGAUGGUGAUGUAGGGAACCCAAAUCCAGUCCGCUACUCAUUUGACGAAGGAGAUGAUGGUGUUUUUGGCAUCAACAAAACAAGUGGUUGUAUUUCUCUGCUGACGUCUCCCAUAUAUCUAAAGAGAGAAAUCUUUAACAUUAAAGUCAGGGCAUCAGAAGUAAGUCCUGAAGGCAAACUCUUGGACUAUGGAGUUACUACAGUAGUGAUCCGUGUCGUGGACCUAAAUAAUAAUCCACCCACUUUUUACGGAGAGAACGGCCCCCAGAACAUGUUUGAGUUGUCCAUGUAUGAGCAUCAACCAGAGGGAGAGAUCCUGCGGGGGCUGAAAAUCACAGUUAAUGACUCUGACCAGGGUGCAAAUGCUAAAUUCAAUCUGAGACUGAUUGGACCAGGAAGAAUGCUACGAGUUGUCCCUCAGACUGUGCUCAAUGAAGCCCAAGUCACAAUCUUAGUGGAGGACUCUGCUGCGAUGGACUAUGAGAAAAACCAUUUUCUAACAUACAAGUUACUUGCAGUUGAGAUUGAUACUCCAGAGAGAUUCAGUGCCACGGCAGACAUUAUCAUUCAUCUCCUGGACACCAAUGACAAUGCUCCUAAAUUUUCCUUGGAUUACUACAUUGCCAGAAUUCCAGAAAACUCACCUGGUGGCUCUAAUGUCGUGUCAGUCACAGCAGUAGACCCAGACUCAGGACCCUGGGGUGAAGUGAAAUACUCUAUCUAUGGAUCAGGGGCUGAGUUGUUCCUGAUCCAGCCUACAACUGGAAUCAUCUACACCCAACCUUGGGCAAGCCUGGAUGCUGAAGUGAGGUCUAAGUAUAACUUCUAUGUGAAGGCAGAAGAUUCAGAGGGAAAGUACAGCCUGGCUGAAGUCUUUGUGACUGUGUUGGAUCUGAAUGACCAUCCUCCUGCUUUCAAUGAUAGCUUCCUCGAGAAGACCAUGGUUAUUGGAGUACCAGUGAAAAUAGAGGCUGUAGAUGAUGAUGCAGAAAAACCCAAUAAUGUUAUCGAGUAUGCUAUCAUGAAAGCUGAGCCAGAUAACAACAUUUUUGACAUUAACUCUGACACUGGAGAGAUCCAGCUCAAGUCCUACAUCAAGUCAAUGGCCAUCAUUCAGAAUAUCACCAAGAAAAGAGACUGUACCUGGUCCCUGGUGGUCCAGGCCCGGGACCGAGGCCAACCUUCCUUCAGCACUACUGCAGUUGUCAAGAUUGACAUCACAGAAGCCACCCAACUCAAAGGUGGGCCUUUGGGAUCAUUUUUAAUGCAGAAUAAAAACAAGCCAAUGCAAAUCAUAGGUAUGCUUGCUGGUAUCAUUAGCCUAAUGGUCAUAGUCACAGUCAUCAUCUCUACUGCAACAUUCAUGCGCAACAAAAAGUCCAACCGGAUCCUGCCAAACCGCCGCAUACGGAGACGGCCCCAGAGACAACCCAUGUGGAACUUCAAAAACCCCUUCAAGACAACAGAGCCCCCCAAAGAUAAAUUCAUAAUUGAAGAGGAAGAGCAAGAGCAAGAGCCUGAGGUAAUAGUGGAGAAUGUCAACUAUAACAACAAUGUCAUCAGUGUUGUGAGACAGUGGCCCCCACCUCCACCUUCUCUGCCCCCUCCACCACCUCUCUACACCCCAGGAGAGCGACAGUGGAUCGUACCUACAGUAUCUGCAACUGUGGCACCAAGACCUAGAAAGAAGCCAGUAACAGAAAGACAGGACGCUAUAAACAAAGCGCUAGUUUCAGAGCUCAAGAUGAGACUAGAGCAGAAGAGGAAGGCGACAUCUUGAUGUUCCUCAACAGCUAACAACACAAUCCUGCAAAACACUGCAAAGUCCCUUUAGUGGCUCAGUUCAAA